UGGUCGUCGUCGUCAUCAUCAUCAUCAUCAUCAUCAUCAUCAUCAAAAUCAUCCUCAUCAUCAUUUUAAUUUUAAUUUAAUUCGAUUUGAUAUUCGUGUUGUUGUUUAAGCAGGAAUAUAGAUUUUGGCAAAUUUACACGUGUAAUUUUUUUUACAUGUUGUUUAUUUUUCUAUUUCGGUUUUCCAAUAAACACCACAUACUAAAUAAUCAUUUCCAUUGUGUGUCCUUAUUGUUGAUGUAAGCAUUUCAUAUGUUGCAUUCUAUGACUGUUAUUGGGAAUACUUCUGCUACAGUAUUUCAAUAUUUUCUGUGAGUAAAUACACCGCCCCUUUUAGGGACUGACACCUGACAUGCGCACAGUGCACCAAAUGACAUUCCUCCAGUCCCUACAAGUUGGAAUGAAAACUAUGGAGAGCGUUUCGGUAGAAACUUCAUUGUCCCGCAAUGAUAUUGCUCAAAUGUAAAGAGAGAAGAAAGGAGUAGAGGGGAAAUGUCAUUCACUCAAGUUUUUCCGAGAUGAAGAAACAAUUAUCUGGCUGCAGAGGGAAUGAGUAGAGGAAGUUUUUAGUCUGACGGCCACUUGGAUUUUUUUCAAGCCAAGCCUAGCUGGCCAACAGUUUGAUAUACAGCUUGAUUUUUAUUUGUAGUUAGCUGGCUAUUUUAAAUGGUUCAAAACGUUUUACCAUGUUUUAAUUCGUUUAAUUAAAGUUUUUUUUAUGUGUUUAUGAAUCCGUUUCACUUUUUCUUUUGGAGGAUCACUGCGAGGAACGUCGAGGAACUCGGCAAUGGCAGUCCCUGCCACAUCCAACCAUGUGUCUCGUCCGUCAUCUCCUGCCCCCACUGUUUCUCUUGUGGAGAUCAUGGAAGACACUCGAUUGGUGCUCGGAGCUUUCCUUCGCCAGUCUCUGGCCGUCCCUCUCGCCCAGCGGCCGGGCCGGAUAGGAGGGGCAUACAAGGACCACAGCAAGUACAGUGCAUUUGAGAAGAAUUUCCCGAGGAAGGCGGAAGAUGGCUGGGACUCGCUGGACGAACGAAUCAGUGCAGCUGAGGAGAAGAAACACGGAAUCAAAGACCUGAUAAGGAAGCGGAUGCGGCAGCGCUCCACCGUAUUGAGACGCUCACAGAAGGACUCUUCUAAGAAGGACGUCCAAGUGCAGAGUGGCUCCCUUGAACGGGACAUUCGAACAGGCCUGGCCAAGCUAGAUGUUUCUGGAAAAACCAAAAGCAUCGAUCGCACACAGCACUUACAAGACAAGCCUGAAUCAGAGCGUCAGUCUCCCACUUCAUCCUCUGAUGAAGGGAGUGGGAAAAAGGAAAGUAAAAAGAAGAAAAAGAAGUCCCCACUUUCCUCCCUCCUCCGCAAAAUAAAACCCCCAAAAAAUGAGGAGACGGCGAAUGCGGAGUCGCAACCCAAGAGGCCGAAUUCCCUGAAAUUCGCCGCAGGGGUGGAGCCUGAGGCUACACCUGCCUCACCGUCUCACCCGCCCCAGUUCUAUAAUGAACUGGCAGAGACCCUGGAUAAGAUAGCUCAGAAGCACACGGCUAAGCUCUCUCCUGUCAGCCCACCUCCCAGCACGAGUGAAACCAGUGAUAAGGAUGCUGUGGUCAGACAGCUGGUCCAUGUUUUGUCACUGCAGGGAGAUGCCAUCAACAACAAGAUCCAGUCGGAUCCGUUUUUGAGAUCGUCUUUGACCCGUCUCUCCUACCCUUCCUUCGCCAAGUUGCUCGAUACCUUUGCCAGUCAGGCGGAAGCUCCCACGCCCGCCCCGGCCAGUCCCACUUUGACCCGGGUCGCCGUGACGAUGGAGGUGUCGCGGCGUGUCGUCACGGCCACAGGGACGCAGAGGAUGCGGGGGUUUGCUGAGCGGUACAUGACAAAAUUUGCCCCCUGGGUGCAGAGUCAGGGUGGUUGGGAGAACAUUGCCCAGUUAGAAGAUGUUUCUGAGUAUGACUGACAGCUUGAGGCCUGUGGACAAAUACGGAGUACAUCACUACCUCCAUUGAGCAUGCACUGUGAGCUCUGAGCUCUGAAUUGUGACCUGACAUGAAGAAGAAAUGGGGACGGAAAAUCAUGUAGCAUCCUCUCCAGUGUCAUUGUUAUGUGCAGAGGAGAAAGGGUAGACUGUAUAGACUGUGUGCACCAAUGUGCUAUUAUCAAGCAGUAAAAUAGCAGUAAAACCAAAAAGAAUGGAUGUGUGAAACAUGCUAUUUUUUAACUGUCAUUUUAAAAUUACAUUUUUGUUACAAAAACAA